AACAUACUUCAACCUAAGGGCCCAUUAACCGUCGACUAUCAACUAGCACCCUUCAAAUAGCUCCUGUAAAGUCUCGAUUGUCUAGAAAGCUAUUGCAUUUCACUUGCAUCGUUUGCGCACUUCCGUUCUUGCUGUGCCGUCAUCAUGCGUUCAUCUUUUCCUCUUAGUGCGCUUAUGGCGCUGGCGAGCGCUGCCCCUUACGGCCCGCAAACACCAUUGAAGAACAUCUUGGAGAACACGGACAAGAGUGAGAAAUACACGUACCCUACGGAUUUCACGAGGAACAUCCUCCCGAAGCCGUUUCACAGCCACAAUGAUUACUGGCGCGACGUCCCAUUCUAUUCUGGAUUGAGCCAGGGCGCCAUUUCAACUGAGGCUGAUGUUUGGCUGUUGAAUGGCACGCUAUACGUUGGACACGAGCCUGCCGCUUUGACUGACAGACGUACUCUUGAAUCUCUCUACAUCCAGCCUAUCCUGGAUACUCUGCACCGCCAGAACCCAGACACUCGCUUUGUCCAGCCAGGCGAGCAGAAUGGAGUGUUCGAUACGUCUAGUGGCCAGACACUUUACUUUUUUAUCGAUAUUAAGACAGCAGUCGACGAGACUUGGCCCGCAGUGCUAGCAGCCCUGGAACCUCUACGAAGUGGUAACUGGUUGACGACCUACGAUGGCAAGACUCUUCGCAAGAACCCCGUCACCGUUAUUGGAACCGGCAACACCCAGCUCUCUGACGUGAUCGCGUCGUCCCCACGCGAUGUGUUCUUCGAUGCGCCACUUGCGGAACUCAACUCUACCAAGUAUGCGAGUCUCUCGGCCAACGAGGCACCAAUCGCAUCCACAAACUUUGCGUCAUCUUUCGGCGAUGUGCGCAAGCGCGAGUUCAAUGACACGCAGCUGGCGACACUGAGGAGCCAACUUGAUGGGGCUCAUGACAAGGGAAUCAUGGCCAGAUAUUGGAACCAGCCGGCUUACCCUGUUGGAACCAGGAACGCAGUAUGGAGGAUCCUCUGGGAUGAGGGUGUUGAUCUGCUCAACGUUGAUGACCUGGCGGGUGCGGCUGAAUUUUGGGAGGGAACCGGCUAGAUAGGAUGAUGCCGGUUUUAGAAGACACGUGACGAUAUAGAACGGCACAUCAGAGCCCAAACUAAAGCCGUCUAAUUAUAAUUCAUGAUAUGCCCCAA